UAGGUGUGUUUUGCUGUAGAAUAUAUUUUAAAAAUUUUCUUGUGCAAUUCAGAGAUAGUUUUCGUAGUUUACUCAUUCAGAUUAUUAAAAAUUCUAAAAUGGGCAAAGGAAAAGCUGAGGUUGGUACGCCCAAGUAUCUGGCUAAUAAGAUGAAAGCUAAAGGCUUGCAGAAAUUGAGAUGGUACUGCCAGAUGUGCCAGAAACAGUGUCGAGAUGAAAACGGCUUUAAAUGUCAUACCAUGAGCGAAUCCCAUCAGCGGCAGAUACUACUGUUUGCUGAUAAUGCUGGCCAUUUUAUAGAUAGUUUUUCAUCCGAGUUCAUGACUGGAUAUCUACAGAUCCUGCGUCGUCAGUUUGGUACCAAGCGGGUGUCCGCAAAUAAAGUCUACCAGGAUUAUAUUUCCGACAGACAUCACUUACAUAUGAAUGCUACGAAAUGGCAUUCGCUGUCCGAAUUUGUCAAAUAUCUGGGCAGAAACGGGCACUGUGUAGUAGAUGAAACGGAUAAAGGCUGGUUCAUUACAUACAUCGAUCGUGACCCUGAGACUUUGGCUAUGCAGGAAAAGUUAGCUAAGAAGCAGAAAAUGGACAAAGAUGAUGCCGAGCGGUUAGCUGAAUUUAUUGAAGAGCAGGUUCGGCGAGGACAGAAAGAGGAAGAACCAUGUACUUCGUACACCGAACUAAAGAGAGAGACUGAAGAGGAAACUAUCAAGAUUGAAUUAAAGUUGGUUUCCAACUCUAAAGCAGAAUCAAAGCCUAUAAAAUUAGAAAAACGUCCACUUGAAGCCACUGCAGAAGCACGUAAAGAGAAAAAGUACAAAUCUGGAUCUUCAAGCGAGUUCAAGAAACCGUCGGCGCUGGAAGAGUUAAUUCGAGAAGAGGAGAUCAAGAAAGAAAAGAACAAUCGGAAGGAUUACUGGCUUGCGGAGGGCAUCGUUGUAAAACUGGUUACAAAAUCUUUGGGUGAAUCGUACUACAAAGAAAAAGGUGUCGUACUGGAAGUGAUCGAUCGCUACAGAGCAAAAAUCAAACUGCUAGAAACUGGCGAAAAGCUCAAGAUAGAUCAGGCGCAUUUGGAGACAGUCAUCCCGGCAAUUGGCAAACAGGUACUUGUUUUAAACGGAGGCUACAGGGGGAAUACUGCUGUUCUCAAGGAAAUCGAUACCGAUAAUUAUUGUGUGACAAUUGAAAUAGCAUCUGGCCCGUUGAAAGGAAGAAUCGUCAACAAUGUUCAGUACGAAGAUAUAAGUAAGCUUUUUUAAACUUAGUUUUAUAAUAGGUAAUCGUCUUAUCGCUCUGGUGCCAGGAUCUCCUUUUGGCGGGUUACGUGAAAAUCUCUAUAAAUCCUAGAUACUUCAAAUGAUUAAUUAACAUAUAGUCAUAAU